CCAGCCCUGCUGCCUGCAGGAGCCUCACGCUCACACAGUUAUUGACUCCAGAGGAGGAGCAGCGGUCCAGCAGUCACUGAGGCAGCAGAUUCAAGAGCAGCCGACACUCCCUGUCCACUCCUGUGUGAGGUGGCGCUAGACACUUUGACAGGGAGUUCAAAGACCAAAAGACGAGCGCGACGGGAGGAGGAGGACCGAGGGAAGCAGAGGAGGAGAGCAGCUCUUCCAUUCGCUCCGCGACCAUGUUGCUCCUGGACGAAUCCGAGUCGUUCGCAGAAUCCUGUCAGUUGUGAAUGAUAGCUGUGUGACUUCAAGUAUCAGUGCUCAGUACAGUUAAAUGGGGCGAGGUGGCAGCGGACGGCCAGAGGAGCGCUCUUCAUUGAUCUGAUGACACAGCUGCACUGGAUGUACUGUAACCAGUCCCACGGCGCCCCCUUCAGCUCCGAGAAUGAGGCUCAGGGAGGGGACCCCGCUGUGUGGCAGUGCACUCCUCCCCCAUCUACCUCACCUUCGGGGGACACGCCGGCCCACCCGCCCCUCUACCAGCCAGCGUCCAGACCCCGCUCCAGGCCGGCCAGCCAAAUGCCCUCCCCUCCCUCCGCCCUGUCGGGAACCAAGAAGAGAAGCUCCAAACCGGCGCACAUGAGACGCAACAUCAGGAAGCUGCUGAGGGAGCAUCAGUUGGAGGCAGUGACCAAAGCCGUCCAGCAGGAGGAGCUGGAGAGGAGGCGACGCCUGGACCAGCAGAGAAAACAGGAUUUCCCCGUACCGCUGCUGCCUGAAUACACAACUGGCGAUGUGGCCAAGCACGUGUCCUCUUCAUCGGCCUCAGCGGCGUCACUGCAAGAAGUGAAGUCGGCCACACUCUGCUUGGACUCCCCCAGCACCGGCAUCAGCGAGGACGGCGGCAGGACUAAGGCGCGCGAGUCCUCGACCACGGAGCACAGGCGCAAAACAGACGUGAUCGACCUGAGCUCGGGCGAGGACGACGACGCCGACGACGCCGACGCCGACGACGCCGUCCACAUCGGCAGCGAGUCCGCCAACGAGGAAGAGAGCGAGAGCGAGCCGAGCGGCAUCCACGCCAACGACGCCCUCAACCGACCCGACGAGCGGGGCAGGGUGUUGGUCAACUUGAGCCACCCGGCUGCGGAGCCGGACAUUUUCCUUUCACCUCAGCUGGCACGGGCGGUCAAACCUCACCAGAUCGGUGGAGUCCGUUUCCUGUACGACAACCUGGUGGAGUCGGUGGAGCGCUUCGGCAGCGGCAGUGGAUUCGGCUGCAUCCUGGCUCACAGCAUGGGCCUGGGCAAAACGCUGCAAGUCAUCUCCUUCAUCGACGUCCUGUUCCGACACACCCAGGCUCACACCGUGCUCGCCAUCGUACCUGUGAACACGUUGCAGAACUGGCUGUCAGAGUUCAACACAUGGGUCCCGCCCCCGGAGGCGUUGCCCCCGGAUACAGACCCCGCGCUGGUGACGCCUCGUGCCUUUAAUGUUCACAUCCUCAACGACGAGCACAAAAAUACAGCUACCAGGGCCAAGGUGGUGGAGGAGUGGGCAAAGGACGGCGGAGUGCUGCUGAUGGGCUACGAGAUGUACCGCCUCCUGUCGCUGAAGAAGAGCGUCGUGGCCGGGAGGAAGAAGAAGAGCAAGAAAACAACAGGACCUGUCAUCGUUGACCUGGACGAAGAGGACAGGCAGCAGGAACUGCUCAAAGGUAUCGAGAGAGCCUUAGCCCGGCCUGGUCCGGAUGUGGUGAUCUGUGACGAAGGCCAUCGCAUCAAGAACUGCCACGCCAGCACCUCCCAGGCUCUGAAGAGCAUCCGAACUCGCCGCCGCGUGGUCCUGACCGGCUACCCGCUCCAGAACAACCUGAUCGAGUACUGGUGCAUGGUCGAUUUUGUCAGACCCGACUUCCUUGGUACACGCCAGGAGUUCAGUAACAUGUUUGAGCGUCCCAUUCUGAACGGGCAGUGUGUGGACAGCACGCCUCAGGACAUGCAGCUGAUGAGGUACAGGAGCCACGUCCUGCACAGCCUGCUCGAGGGCUUCGUACAGAGACGAGGCCAUGACGUCCUGAAGGACCAGCUGCCCCCGAAGGAGGAGCACGUAAUCCUGGUGCGUCUGUCUCCCCUGCAGAGGGCGCUCUACACCGAGUUCAUGAACCGCUUCAGAGAGGCAGGAAACACUGGCUGGCUCAGCCUCAACCCACUGAAGGCGUUCUGUGUCUGCUGCAAGAUUUGGAACCAUCCGGAUGUCCUGCACGAGGCCAUACAGAAGGAAAACCUGGCGAGUGACCAGGACCUGGACCUCGAUGAUCUGACCUCCACGGGACCCGCCCGCUGUCCAACCGCACCCAGUCAAAAGUCCAAGGCCCUGGAGGGUGCGAACCCCGCCGGCGGACUGAGUCUCAGCCAGCUGCAGGAGAAAGCCAACCAGGUCAUCACCUACGAAUGGUCGAAGGACAUCAUGUAUGACUACGAACCCGGCAUCCUGGAGAACUCCGCGAAGAUGGUGAUGCUGUUCCACCUGAUAGAGGAGAGCGUCAGGAAGGGAGACAAACUGCUCGUCUUUAGUCAGAGUUUGUCCACGCUGACGGUGAUUGAGGAUUUCUUGGCCAAGAGGCCGGUGCCUCCCUCACCCAACACCUCCGGCAGUGGUAGACCCAAUCAGAACUGGGUCCGCAACCUCAACUACUACAGACUGGAUGGAAGUACGACGGCCUCCGAGAGAGAGAGACUGAUAAACCAAUUCAACGAUCCAGCCAACACCUCUGUGUGGGUCUUUCUGCUCUCGACCAGGGCUGGUUGUCUGGGUGUGAAUCUGAUCGGGGCGAACCGCGUGGUGGUGUUCGACGCCUCCUGGAACCCGUGCCAUGAUGCCCAGGCCGUGUGCCGCGUCUACCGCUACGGUCAAAAGAAGCCGUGUCACAUCUACCGACUCGUGUGUGACUUCACGCUGGAGAAGAAGAUCUACGACCGGCAGAUCUCCAAACAGGGCAUGUCAGACCGGGUGGUGGAUGACCUGAACCCCGUGCUGACCUUCACCAGGAGGGAGGUGGAGUCUCUCCUUCACUUUGUGGAGGAGGAGCCGGACCCCACCCAGGUCCUGCUGCAGCCCCAGGACCGAAUGGAGAGUGUUCUCCGAAAGGCGCUGCACCACUAUCCUCACCUAAUUACCAAGCAACCAUUCCACCAUGAGUCCCUGCUGAUGGACCGCCGGGAGCUGAAGCUGAGCAGCGCUCAGAAGACAGCUGCUAAGAAGGGCUACGAGGAGGAGAAGAGGGCCUCUGUGCCGUACACCCGCCCGUCCUACGCUCACUACUACCCGGCCAGUGACCAGAGCCUCACCAACAUCCCGGCCUUCAGCCAGAGAAACUGGCGCCCUCCCCCUCAUGCAGAGGAGAAGCCCGUGGCCAGUGUCCGGCCAGUCCAGUCCACCCCCGUUCCCAUGACGUCCCGCCAGACGUGUGAAGACUCUGCCGCAGACGACUCACCCGGAUCCAGCCUUGGAGGAUUCCCAGUUAGCUGCCUGCAGAAAGCCGGGGUGUUUGUACAGAAGAUUGUCACCACUACUGACAUAGUGAUUCCAGGUACCAACAGUUCAACAGAUGUCCAGGCCAGAAUCGAAGCUGGAGCGAGCAUCCACAUCAUCAGGGGCACCAAAGGGACCUACAUCAGGACAUCAGAUGGACGAAUCUUUGCCAUCAGAGCAGCUAAUAAGGCCAAGACUGCUGAGGGGAGCACGACAGCACCACCCAAAGACUCGCAGACCCCACCUGUCGACGUUUCAACCAACGGCAGUCCGUCACCUGACAAGAAGCAGCGGGUACCCUCCAAGUCUUUGCCCCGCCCUCUUUCACCUGACGGCCCAAAGAUCCUAGACGAGCUGCAGCGCUACACUGCCACAGUCUCCGGGGCUCAACCAGGCAGGGCGGCAGAGAGCAACGCGAACAACCCGCCUUCCACCAAACUGCCUCGAACCAACGGCGGCAGCAGGAAGAGUUUUCCCAGUGGAGAUGUGAGCCACCACGAUGCCUCUGUGACUAAUGUAAUCCAGCCCAAGAUUGACGCCACUGCCGCCCAAGACCUGAGAACGGGCCCCAAACGCAAAGCCUCCUCCUCGCCUCUGGAUGUGCAGCCCAGCAAGCAGCGGUCUGCGGGCAAACACUCCUCAGCGUCUCUGGCCCCGCAAGGCUUCCCCUUCACUGGGGGCUACGGCCUCCCUCCCCUGGGCCUCAACCCAACCAUGUUGAGUGGGUCGCUGGGGCACCCGCUCUUUGUCGGGGCUGGUUCGCCUUACUUCCAGCCCCCCCACACUCAACUGGGGGACCCCAGUUACAUGUACACAGAUCUGUUUGGCUUGGGCGGAGCCAGCGCAGCCCCCACCUCCUCUUCCUCCAUCUCAGCGAUGACGACCACCGCCGCUGCCGUGUCAUCUUCCUCCUCCUCUGCAUCAGUCAAAGCUGCCAGUUUGGGUCCAGGUGCCCUGCCACCGUUCAUGCUGAGCCCCAGCAUGGCGGGCAUGGCCGGGAUGCUGCCCAAUGGCUUCCCCCUCUCUUACAAUCAGUCUCUGGCGAGCCUCUACACAGGGUCAAUGCUCCCGGGGGGGCUGCCAGGGCCAGCUGCCACUCCAGGCCCCGCAGGAGCCAGCUUCCUGUCCCAGUAUCCUCCCACCGCUGCCUCCAGCUCCUCCUCCUCCUCCCCUUCCUCCUUCUCCUCCUUAGCACUGUCCGAGGGCCACCGGGGUCCAGUUCUGGUGAACGGCGGGCAUGUCAGCAGCGCCGACAGCUCGGAUGACGACGAUGAUAUAAUUGAGGUGAGCGGACAGUGACGGGUGAAUGAUGUGGUCGUCUGAAAAAAGUUUGAUUCGGUUUAAUAAUCAUCACAAUAGGAUUAAAUCCUAUUUGGCAGGAUACAGGCUUCAAAGGGCCUGUGGCCAAGGCUGUGAGGGAAUUGGACACAAAAAUGAAAUGCGGUGAAGUGAUGACAGCUGAGCCCCUGCUCACGUCUGUCAGACGUCUGUUCUGCCUUGGAAAAACAGUCCCAGUAGAGAUUGAAUACAGAGACUGGAGACGUCUUGAUGCUGAAUAUCAGAAGAUGAAACCCGAGGAAGAAAAGAAAAGAAAAAAGCUUCAGAAGGACGAGGAAAAUGAAAAUCACAGGACUUUGGGCUUCCAAGUUUUUUUUUGUUCAAUACUGGCAUUGAGAUACUAAUCACUGGACUUACAGUAGUACUGCUGAUUGUGGGCCUGCAUUGAGCACACAUGGCCACUAGGUGUCCUGUUAACUUUAGAGCUUCUAGUUCUGCAGCUUUGUUAAAUGUCAUGACUCUUUUGCUUCACUCAGCUAAUUAAACAAUGUUAGGAUGGUAUCGCUUAUAUAUAAAAAAAAGUUUGAUAAUUGAGUUAGCUGGUAGUUACGUUUGUUAAAUAUCAGUAACUGAAAUGGUAUUGUUUGUCACUUGUCUAAUAUUGCUACUGAAUAUUUCUUAAGAAGUUCAAGGUUAAAAGAUCAAACGGAAGUUUGAGAAAGCAUUUUGAUUGAAGUUAAGAAUUCACUGCCAGGACGAGUGGUAACGUACAUUUUUGUCCUUGAACAAAGAAAAAAAGAGAGGGUCAUGUCGAAUUAUUGAAGAAGCAUUUUAAGGCUUGUUGAGGAUGGGGUUUAUGUCCAUUACUGAAACUUUAAAACUCUAAUGAAAGAAUGUAUGCUAAUCAAAUGCCUUUUAAACCAGGCCUUUUUUGACAAGACUCCUAUUUAGGCAUCAGAUGUGGGAAGGUCUGAUUUUGUGUGUGUGUGUGUGUACGUGUGUGUUUUUUCUAUUCAUGUAAUCUUUUACUUUUGAAAGAAAACGAUUGCCUAAAAAUAGCCAGGUGAAAAUGAGAAGAAAAACAAACUGUGUGAGGUGUCCUCCUUGUAGCGGGGAGAAACAACCAACAGAAAAUGCCUUUUUGCCUCCAUCUUUCUGAAUGUUAACUGUGAGAGAGGAGAGGUAAAGGGAGACAGACGCUCACCGCGGCUCUCUGAAUCUCACCCACAGUCUUACUGUAGCCUAGAGAAAAACGAUGCAAAACACUCACUCAAGCCUAUAUAUGUAUUCGUACAAACCCCAGAGGAAUUGAGCCCGGAAAUUCCCGAGUUAAUGUUUUUUUCCGCUCGUGACGUUCCUUUGUCCGUAUCUGUGCGUUGUGUUCUGUAAGGGUUACAAAAGGAAUGUUUAAAAAAAAAAAAGUUCAAUGAAUAGAAGCUGCCGUUACUUGGUCUGGUGACUCGUACUGACACAGAUUCCACACCUCUGCUCGGCUGUUUGUAUUGUAUUUCUCAGUCUCAACCUAUUGUGACAACAGAGGUCAGUGUGAAACCAAACGAAUUUAUUGUCAAAGAAAAAGAUGAUAUCUUGAGAGAUGGUGCAGCGUUGCCAAAAACAACAAAAGACAACGAGAGACACGAAGGCACGUCAGCGACCUCCAACAAAACGGAUUGUGUCCGAAGAGACCAAAAAAAAAAUGCUGUCAACAAUUUGAAAUACGCCCCUCAGCAGCACGCUCACGCUACAUCAUCCACUCAGUCCAGACGUAGAGGUCCAUCUCUCUGUGUGAGCCUGCAGGUGACACGAGACUCUGCACUGCACUGAGACAAAGACACACAAAUCUGUGCACGGCGGUAGACCGGGCUGAACGCUGGGAAAAAGAGAUCACGAGACCAGGUCCCCUCCGGACGAACCACACACCAUCGCUCUGCUGUUCCAAAAGAUCCCCUCCAUUAACCGACGGACUACGUCCGGCACUGUCCCUGUGCAGAAAAUCUUCUCCUCCGAAAAUGGCUGCAGAGCAAGAGCUUCUUUUUUUUUUUAAAAAACAGCAGCUCUUUCGCUGAAAGCAAAACUCAAAGAUUAAGCAUUUACUGUCCUUUCUCUUCCAUGUUUUUGUUCUUCAUACUGAAAUUGUUAGUUUACUUAUGUUUUUCUUUUUCUUUUUUUUUGUUCUUCUCUUUUUACGAUGUUUGAAUUUACCAAAUUAAUUUAUUUAUGACGGUGCAUAUUUAUUCAUUUUUAUUUUUGUACAAUGUUUUUUUUUUGUUGUUGUUGCUUUUCUUCAUUUGUAAAAUGAUUUUGGUCAUAUAACUAUUGUUGUUACUACAGAUGGAAAAGGCUUUGGGUUUUUUUGGGGUGUUUAUUUUGAAGUGACGAUCGGCCAAUCUGAUCCAACACAUGUGAACCUGUGCAGAACUUGCAUUGUGGACCAACCAACUGGUGUGUUACUGUGCACAUUAAUAUCCAGGAAUCAUUUCUUUGGGAAGGAUGGCGUAAUUAUCAUAUCCCGUUUACAAUAAUGCUGAUCAACUCUUGAUUAUGACAAGAAAAAGGACAUUAGGGAUUAUAUUGAUUUUCACCGUGAUGAGUUCGGAAUCCUUCAUCGGAGCAUCCUGAGCAAGCAGCAUUCGGGAUACAUAUCUAAGUGUGUGUAUCUGAGUAAUAUGAGCCAUUUGUGUGCAAGUAAAUGAAGCUCAUUCGCAGGUAAUGGGUCAAAAACCAAGGCAGUCGUAUCACUCGUUAAGUGAAAAGAAAAAAUUGAUAUCAAGUGCUUCUCUUUCCUUUCCUUUAUUUGUUGUUGUUCAUUACCAUAUCCUCACAAAUGUCCGUCUGUGUCACCCAUACGGUGGAACACGAGCGAGUUUCCUCAGUGUUGAUCUGUUUGGUUGUCAGCUCAGCGUUUUGCUGACUUUUAUUUCACAGCUUUCUACUUGAAUUUUCAUAUUUAUUUAUACAGAUCCAUUCGGUUGGACAAGCUGAGCCGACUGUCUGAAUUCCAUUUUAGCCGAGGAGAAGAUUAAAGCUGCUGUCUUUGAGGAUUGGCUCUCGUCAAAGCCCGUUGUGUCGAUUAUCAAUGGAUAAUGUGUAUGUCCUUGGAUUACUUUUAAAUCCUUUUUUUUGUUUUUUGAAGUUUGUAAAUAAAAAGAAACAUGUUCCAAAUAA